AUGGAAUCAGUUUCAAGAAAGCUUCUUUCCAGUCUCUUCUUUUUACUCCAAGCCCUCCUGUUUUUCAUCAUUGCUGUUUCCAGUGUCGAUGAUGCACACUCAACAUGUAAUGGUUCAAUAGCAGAGUGUAAUCAAGACUUUGAAACCCUGAUGGAUUCGGAGAUAAGCAGAAGGUUUCUGGCAGAAAAGAGGUAUAUCUCUAAUGGGGCUUUAAGGAGGGAUGAGCCAGCCUGCAAUAGUGGUGGUAGGGGUGAACCAUAUUCUUCAAGUGAAGGAUGUCUUCCUCCUGAAUCUAACCGUUAUAAUCGAGGUUGUUCUGCAUAUUAUAAGUGCCGCCAAAAUGCCUAG